UGUGAGGUCCACGGCGCCGGGGAGGUGAGAAAGGCUCGCGAGUGAGUGCUAAGACUCGGCGCUGCGCUUUGUUGUGCGUAAACACGGGGCGUCGAUUUAUAUGGGAGAUCCUCUCUGGCCGGGCCCCGUUCACACCGCCUCGCCUCGCCCCGAUCUCUCCCCCCUUUGUUAUGGCGGAAACUCCGAAAAGGAGAUGACUAAUUAUGACUUUGUUGGAGUCGUCAUGGGAACCAGCCCUGCGGGAUAUUUCUAGCUGUUGCGCUAUUUUUUUCUGGGACGAUCACUGCUGCUGCUGGCUGCUGGCUGCUACAGACGCGACUCCAAGGAGGCGCUGGUGUGGUGUGUGGCGGAGGCGAGAGACGUGAGAGGAGCGAGAGAGGCCAGGGAGGAGACGGAGGAGCGCCUUCCCCAUCAUCAUUAAGCCGAGCCCUGUCGCAAUUAUCGCCGCUAGCGUAGACUCAGUGACAGCGCGCCGCGAGUGGAACCGCACGCACGAUCGCCCCCCCCCCGCCGCCUCGUCUCGUCCUAUCCUUCCCUUUUCGGUUCAACUUUGAACAAUCUGUUUUUGAGUUCUCGAUUUCUUGCCUCGACCUCGCGUCUCCAAACCGCGAGCCGAACUCGUGACUCAAACGAAGAGUAAAGAAAAGACGCAGAAGAAAAAACAACAACAACAACAACAACAACAACCAGGCGCGCUGAUCGAGGAGCGGCGCGAGAGGAACGAGCGAGGAGGGAUCCGUGGCGACGGAGCAAGGUGGGCGGGAGAGACGCGCGCGGCAGGGAGAGAGUGGAGUUUGCUGGAGACACGGAAGUCGAAGUGACCUGGCCUCCCGUGCCGGGAGAGCGGAGAGAGAUGGAUGCUCGCUGCCGCCGCAGUCCAGUGUGCGCGCUCCUGCCGCCGCUGCUGCUGCUGCUGAUGCCACUGCCCAUGGUUCGUCCAGGCCACGCUGCCUACCCGCUCUGGUGGUCGUUGGGGGUCGGGCCUCAGUGGGCAUCGCUGGGCUCUCAGCCCGUGCUCUGCGCCUCCAUCCCGGGCCUCGUGCCCAAGCAGCUGCGCUUCUGCAGGAACUACCAGGAGCUGAUGCCGAGCGUGGCCGAGGGCGUCCGUCUCGGCAUCCAGGAGUGCCAGCACCAGUUCCGCGGGCGGCGGUGGAACUGCACCACCAUGACCGAGGGCCCGGCGAUCUUCGGACCCGUGCUGGAGAGGGCCACGCGCGAGGCGUCCUUCGUGCACGCCGUCUCGUCCGCGGGCGUCGGCUUCGCGGUGACACGGGCGUGCGCCGACGGGACGUCCACCAUCUGCGGCUGCGACAACAAACACCGGGGCGAGCCGAGCGGCGGCUGGAAGUGGGGCGGCUGCAGCGAGGACGCCGACUUUGGCGUCAUGGUGUCGCGCGAGUUCGCUGACGCGCGCGAGAACCGCCCCGAUGCGCGCUCCGCCAUGAACCGGCACAACAACGAGGCCGGCCGCGUCUCUAUCCUGGACUUCAUGCAGCGCAAGUGCAAGUGCCACGGGCUGUCGGGCAGCUGCGAGGUGAAGACGUGCUGGUGGGCGCAGCCCAGCUUCCGCACGGUGGGCGACCACCUCAAGGACAAGUACGACAGCGCCUCCGAGAUGCUGGUGGAGCGGCACCGCGAGUCGCGCGGCUGGGUCGAGACGCUGCGGCCCAAGUACCCGCUCUUCAAGCCGCCCGCGGAGCGCGACCUCGUCUACUACGAGACGUCGCCCAACUUCUGCGAGCCAAGCGCCGAGACGGGCUCGCUGGGCACGCACGGCCGGCCCUGCAACCUCACGUCGCACGGCAUCGACGGCUGCGACCUGCUGUGCUGCAGCCGCGGCUACAACACGCACACGGAGAGGCGCCGGGAGAAGUGCAAGUGCGUCUUCCACUGGUGCUGCUACGUGAGCUGCCAGGAGUGCGCGCGCGUCUACGACAUUCACACCUGCAAGUGAAGGGACCGCCGGCUCGUGCGCCCAGCUCGUGAGCCCGGCCCGGCUGUCUGCCGUGCCGCAAGUUCUCGGUGUUGAGUGCGGGACGAGGAUUCGCAUUUGUCGGGCGUUGAAAUGCCUUAGAAACAAACUCUAAAGCACCUUUGCAUCAGAUCUCACCGCGACCGUGCUAUUGCCCUGCGGCAGCCCGGCCGAGGGAGACCUCCAGUGCAUGACUCUCGCUUCUUUUAGUUUGUUCGUGAACUUAAAAAAAAAGACACGCGGCGUCUUGUCUCGGAGCAGACCCCCGUCCCCUCCGUCGAUUUUUGUCGCUCUGCUGCGGCUCCGGCGGGGGGGGGGAGGGGGGGCAGCCUGCCCCUGUAAGGAGCACGCGGCGAAUCCGCGCAUUACUGUGAAUGAGUCAAACACUGGGAUUUGACGUUCGUUUGACGAGACUCGUGCCGGAACAAAAAAGAUCAAAGGGAGGACGGAGGAAAUACACGAACAAGGCCAGCGCGAGGAGCCGGGGGCCCGAGCGGCACGACGCGCGAAGAAUGCGACGACGGCUGCGCAGGUCGCCCCCGCCGCGGGUCGGGCUCACGACGGCCCGGGCCGACGGCGGCGGUCGCGCCCGUGCAGGGCGCCGAACUCUGACGCCAUCGGCGGAUAUUGCCGAAUGGAUUCCGGUGCGCGAGGGGAUCCGCUGCUGUUUCUGCCGCCGCCGCCGCCGCCGCCGCCGCUCGCGUGACCGGAUCUUUCGCAAGCGUUGCUCGGCUAGCCGCGUCGAGCAUGACCACCGCCCCCAACUGAGGCGCACGACCCUCCUUCGCCCGCUCGCGGGCGCGCCACGCUCCGUAAACCCGACGCCGAGGCUGAGCCUGAGCGCGCAGCGCGACGCUAAACCGUGUCGAGCCGCAAUCCGUGCGACUUCCCAGCUGCUACCGUUGUAGCUUCGCCACUCGCCAUGACUAACCCUCACCCCGCGUUCCCCCCCCCCCCUCCCCUUAACGCUCCGUGGCCAGAUUUGGUUGCGUAAAUAUUUUUUUUAUUACGCUCCCCCUCCCACUCCGACCCUCACCCCCGCCCCCCUUCCGCAAAAGUAACUUUUCUUUUUUUUUACAUAUAAUAUAUUUUUAUUUUUAAAUACCGUUAAAUCGACAAAAAAGUGUAAUUGGUGACAAAGUAUAUAAAUGUGAGGAUUUGUGCUUCGAGGCUAUCCUGCAGCCGAGCCAACUCGAGCGAGGAACCGCCGGGACGCAGGAAGCAACGGGGCGAGCUGCCCCGCCGUCCCGGGCCCGCGGCCGCCGUCGAGCGGGUCCGCGCGACGAGACGCACGCCCCCGCUCGAUGAGGAUGGUCAAACUGUGCCCGCCAUUAACUACCUCAACACUCGGGCCGAGGAUUUAAAAGCGCGCCGCGUCGUGGGCAGGAGAAAGAGGGGGUCACUCCGAACCCGUCUAGCUGAUUUCUAGGUACUUGUGGAGGGGGGGGGGGGGGGUUUCAUUAAAUGUACGUGAUCUAAAUCAUUUAAAGUUAUUUAUUUAAAAGGCUGUACAUAUAUUUCCUCAUUCUUUGAAAAAUGUGUACUUAUGAAAAAAGUCAAUGUUUUUUUUUUUUUCCCCCCGUCUGGACAUAGCUGGUCUUAACAAUUAAAGUUUACAGUUUUGAUAA